AUGGGAUCACCAAUGGCCUCUCUGGCAGCAACUUUGCUUGUCUUAGCAUUCUCUCUUGGUUUUGUAUCUGAAACCACCGCAAAUUACUAUUACUCUUCUCCUCCUCCGCCUGUCAAGCACUACACUCCUCCGGUUUACAAAUCACCACCACCACCGAUUUACCAGUCUCCCCCUACUCCGGUUUACCAGUCUCCUCCACCACCAAAGAAACACUACGAGUACAAAUCACCACCACCACCAAUUUACCAGUCUCCCCCUCCUCCCGUGUACCACUCUCCUCCACCACCUAAAAAGCACUACGAGUACAAAUCACCACCACCACCAGUUUACCAGUCUCCCCCUCCUCCCGUGUACAACUCUCCUCCACCACCUAAGAAGCACUACGAGUACAAAUCACCACCACCACCAGUUUACCAGUCUCCCCCUCCUCCGGUGUACCACUCUCCUCCACCACCUAAGAAGCACUACGAGUACAAAUCACCACCACCACCAGUUUACCAGUCUCCCCCUCCUCCCGUGUACCACUCUCCUCCACCACCUAAGAAGCACUACGAGUACAAAUCACCACCACCGGUUUACCACUCUCCUCCAGUGUACCACUCUCCUCCACCACCUAAGAAACACUACGAGUACAAAUCGCCACCACCACCAGUUUACCAGUCUCCCCCUCCUCCAGUUUACCACUCUCCACCACCACCGGUAUAUCAGUCUCCCCCUCCUCCGAUUUACCAAUCUCCUCCUCCUCCAGUUUACCACUCUCCACCACCACCAAUUUACCAGUCUCCCCCUCCUCCGGUUUACCACUCUCCACCACUACUACCGGUUUACCAAUCUCCCCCUCCUCCGGUCUACCACUCUCCUCCACCACCUAAAAAUUACGAGUACAAAUCUCCUCCUCCUCCAGUUUACCAGUCUCCUCCUUCUCCGAUUUACCAAUCUCCUCCACCUCCGGUUUACCAUUCUCCUCCACCACCAAAACACCAUGAAUACAAUUCUCCACCUCCUCCACCGGUUCACUACUCACCACCACACCAACCCUACCUCUACAAAUCUCCACCUCCUCCAUACCACUACUAACUAAUCGUCACCAUGGAGUUGACGGCAGUACACAAGAAAGCAAAUAAUCUUUUGGUGAUAAAUUAAAAGACACAAUAUCAUUAAGAGAUUAUCAAUACAUAUAUACUAAAGAGAAAGUUUUUCAUUCAAUGUGUGUGUGUGUGUGUGUUGUAAUAAACUGCAAACAUAUUGAUGAGUGGUGCCAUUCAUGCAUUGCAAAUUAGUCAUAUGUUUGUAAGUUCAAGUCCUGUUUUCCAAAUUCUUCAAUUUUAAAGUUUGAUUGUUUACUUUAAAUAAAAAUGUUUUUUCUCAGUUUGCCCUGCUCUACUAUCACUUAUAGUUUGAAUUGGCUGCUAUACAAAAUCACCUUAUUAUAAAUUUACCGUCAAAACAUCAUUAUAUUAAUUUGCUUAUUAUAACUUAUACAUGAAAUUUUACAUAUAUAUAUAGUCAGACGAUCUAAUGGAACUGGUCGAUUUCUGAGCAAUAAGUGUUGUAUAAGAAAGUCAUUUAAAAAAAAAAAAAACUUCUUGGGGUCUUUAUGGUACCAUUUUGCCUUUAAGCAGAAUGAAAUUCAAGUUUCGUGUAUGUCUCCCAUUUAC